CAAAGAUGGUGGUAGAGGAUUGUAAGGAAGCUCUCCGUCUCAACCCUUAAUAUCAGAUAGCUCUGACAAGGCGAGCAACAGCUUGUGAACAAAGUGGGGAUUUGACACAGGCCUUAGAGGGUUAUCUUAGUCAAUAAAAGACGCAGCAUUUUUGGGACAGUACUUUGAAAAUGAAGCAUUGUACAUCUACUUCUACGUGUAUUUUUACCUUACUUUGGAUUCUACCAAUGAAUAACGUGGCUGAAUAUUUGGAAACGGCAUUUUCUAGAGUACCAUCAAUGAGUAACAAAAUGGCGACCAGCAAUAUGCUAUGGCAGAUAUCCGGCAGUAAGUUUGCGUGUUUGGCGGCGUGCGCGACAGACGCACGAUGCGUUUCCUGUUUCCUGGACGGCCAGUCAUACUGCAGCGGGCACUCCAUGAUUUACAGACCGACCAGCAGUCUCCAGGACUCACAGGGACUGUGGUACUAUGAAGUAGAAGACCCAGCCAGCAAACUCGGGUGCGUUGCAGUCCCAGGGGAAACCGGAUAUUGCGUCAAGCUGAACGUCAACAAACUAUCGUGGUCAGACCAAGUAACGGCAUGUGAGGCAGAAAACAUGAGAGUAGCCUCCCUGACUCUAGACAGCAGGGUCACCUUUGUACAACAGUACCUUUUGGGCAUUGGACACGCUCAGGCUACGACCAUUGGAGCACAGUUAGUGUCUGGUACAUGGACCUGGAUUUCCGGCGACAUCCUCUCGUUUGCCUCCCCGCACUGGGGCCCGGGCGAGCCGACCUCUGGGCCGGGCGAGGAUUGUGUCAUAAUGGCGUAUGGUAUAAAUUAUCAACUUAACGACGGGCAGUGUGGAACUCUAAAGUCAUUCCUCUGUGACAUGUACUUUGUGGCGAAUUAAGCCGUAUUAUAGUUAAACAUGCGCAGUGUGGUCAGUUCUGUUGUUCAUUGUGUUAUCAAUGGAAAAAUCAUGUCGUGUAUUCAUUUGCAAGACAGUUCAGAAAGGAUGACGAAAAUUUGUGCUGAUUCACCUUUAGCUAGUAAAGUUCUCGACAUCUGUAUUUUCAUAUUUGUAAAAAAAAUGUGAGAACACAAUUUUUUUUUAAUCAAUUAUUUUCAACAUGUCUGAAAUAUAUUAGGUGGUCUUAAAUAAUAAGCUUGCAUUGGUGACAAAUCAAAUGGCAAAGGCCAAAUAUCACAAACAAGCAAAAACCAAUUUACAAAAUGAAAAGAUGCCUAGAUAAACAAUUAUUACAACAUGUAUCUGAUAGUGACCAGAACAUCAUUUUAAAAUAUCUAAUUACAUGAAUUCCAUAAAAUUUGAAAACGUUCAAUGGAGGCAAAAAUUGAAAAAGAAUCUCCAGCCGGUUUCAACCUCACUACUUCCGAGAUUAAACGCAGGCGCUUUUUUGUUAUUGUGGGAGAAAACAAAGAAGAUGGGUUAAAAAGGCGUGUAAAGUGCCUGAUAUGAGUAUAGAUAACUAUAAAAUUGAAAUAUCAAAACAUCUGAUAAUUUUUUUCUAAUCUAUCGAAAACAAUAUUUAUUUAUCAUAACAUCGAUUUAUGACCCUUAAAUAUCUAAAUACUUAGAAUAGGUUGAUUCAAACCGGCGUACACGUGUCAAGGCCUCCAAAUCGUGUCAUUUUUAGAACUCCAUUGCCUUUUCUUGUCUAGAGUGGCUCCAUAUUUUUGUCAUAGUCUAUAUAAGGUUUAAAGGAAAUCAAACCGAUUUCAAUCAACAAAAACGUGAAGAGAUGACCCACUAUACUUUAAAAAUGUUAUUUUGUAACCCAACAAUUGAGUGUUUUAGAAAUAUAAUACAAGCCUGUAAAUUCGUGAUCGAAGUCCCAUAUAGUUUACUGGAGUUUGUUGUGACUUAAAUAGUUUAGUAGUUAGAUCACCUUUAGUUGUUUUUUUUCUCAUCGUUUGUUAAAAUAUUCAAAACUGAAUAUAGGUUUGUAAAC